GCGGACAGGUGAGGUCCAACAUGGCGGCGCGCGGCUCGGACGAUCGCUACCGGCCCAAGCUUUUCUACGAAGACGUCGUCUCACGGCAAAAAGUCGGCCUCAUUCAGUACGGGGUGGUCGUGGCAAGCUUUCUGGAGAGCGACGACGAAGAUGACGAGGAUUUUGAGCCCCAGGUGAAGCUGAAACGCGGCCACGUCCGGGUGACAUGGUACCCCGACGGACAGAGAGAGGUUGUUCCGGAAGCGAAGCUCCAUCUGGUGGACCGCUCCCUGAUGCCGCGGGACUUUGUCCGCCGCCACGCCGCGGGCCAGGACAGCCAGGGAGGCACCGUGCUCAACACUGACAUCACCGUGGACCUCCAGAUCAUCGGAACUAACAAGGUCAUCCCUGGAGUCAACAGCAAGAAGCUUAAACCUCUACAGAGAAUCCUGCCAUAUGAGUAUGUGGUGUACGGCGUGUGGCUGGGCCGGGUGCGGGACGUCAACGCGCACCUGAUUCUGCGGCUGUCAAACGGUGCCAGGUGCUCCAUGUGGGUGGGAGAUGCUGCGCAGCUGGAGGACAUCAGAGUUCAGAGUGACGCUUUCUGGGAGGAGGAGCAUGCGUUCUACCCAGGACAGACCCUGAUGGGACCGGCCAAGGCGUUCAAGGACGUGGAGUGGCUGUCAGGACGUCAGCCCAUCCUCAGCAGCAAGGCCAAGUUUAAGGUCACUGUGGAGGAUCUGGUGCUAAAGGAAGUGAAUGUAGAAUGGCAGACUCGAGGGUUCUCCCCACCCAAGAAACAGCCUAGUGAGCUGGAGGAAGACCUGAAACCACCAGAGGCUGCCAUUCAGGGAGACAACAUCAACAAUCUUAGGAAGCCCGAGCACUUCAUGUACACCCACAUCACCUUUGGAGACAGGGCAGUGUACACCCUUACAGAGGAGGACCUGGGUAAAGUACAGAUAUUAGCCCCUCCCUCCAUGACCAAGGAAGCCAACCAGCCUGAUGAAUCUCUAGACGACGUAGCAAAAGAAAAGACCAAAGGAGCGGCUGCAGCCUACGAGCUUGCAAAACUCCUGUCAGAGGAGGCCGCUAAAGCCAUAGACUUUGCCGAAAAGAAAACAAGAGAGGCUUCGCAGGCAAACGACAGAAUCAAGGAAAUCACCAAAGAGGCGUUCGAACUGAUACAACAGGCGAAGGAAAAGGCAAACGACGUUCCAGCCAUGCAGGACAGCAUUUCCAAGCUGGCGGAAGAAUUCUCAGGCAGUAAGACGUUCACAGAAGAAGCGUUGCAACAAUUCCUCAUGACAAAAUCUACCCUAGAGAACGUCUACAGUACCAUGGAGGAAGCCCAGAGGAAGUCGACAGAAAUUGCAGAAGCCAUGGAAGUCACAAAGGUGAAAUCCAAGGAAGCUGCAGCAGCGAACGAAGCGGCAAAGAUAAAGUCUAGGGAAGCCUCAGAGGCAAGCAGAGUGGUGAAGCAAAUGUCUCAGGAAGCUAGAAAAGCUGUAGAGAAAGUUGAAGGAGAGAUUCGGGCAUCUAAGAGGAAAAUCGAGAAGUCAAAAGAGGAGAAGGUAGGGGCGGAUACGUCCGGGCGAGUUCAGGGUAGAAGAGAGAGGAGACAGAACGAGAGCAAACAACAUGACACUCAGGAAACAGGAUCCAGCAAGUCUGGGACUGACAAUGAAGAUGACACUGAAGCUUCUGUACUGACAGGGGCUGCUGUUGCAAACACUUCUCUUAACAGAGUUGAUCUGUCAGACAAUCUUAAUAAUACCGAAUGUUCAGAGCAGGAGGAAAGAGACAUGAAAACUGCUUUGCUAGAAUCAGAGAGAUUAAAAAAUGAUAAUCAUGAAAGAGAACAAGCCUUAGAAGGGGCAUCAGGAGGACCAAUGAACGAUUCAGCUAUAGAUCACCCGGAAUUGUUCACCCAGGCUUGUGAGUUGUCUAGUAGCAUCGUUGCAAAGUGCGAUACUCUAGGUGGAGCCGUCAGCGAGUUCUGUUCCGGACUAAACGGUAUCAUGGCCGACAUUUCCGGAACUCUAGAGCUCGUGAACAAGGUAGAGAAAGACCUCUCUCCACAGGCCCAGGAUCACAAUUCCGUAUCCGAAUCUGGCAGACUCAAAUCGGGUGCUAUCCAUGCCAACGGAUUCUCCGAAUCUCAGUCCACAAAUGUGAAGCUAGUUAACGGUGAGGUAGAUUCUGAUGGACAGUUGGUUGCCAGUGGGGCAUCAGGUGAAACUAUUCCAUCUAGUACCUACAACAAAGCAGCAGGGGACUCCAGUAAUUCUGCUGUCUUAGAAGACAAGGAUUUCAAUGCUGAUGAUGAGGAAGAUGUUCUAACAGAUGAUGACAAUGCAGACUCAGAAUGCUCAUCAUCAACUGCAUCUUCGCGCUCAAGCAAGAGCGGGAAGAGCAAGAGGCUGGGAGUGACCCUGGGAGUUAAGACGCUGAAGAAGGCCCACAGAAGAGUGAAGAAGAAGAAGAAGAGAGGUGCCCAUCAGGAGUGGGGGCCGGGGGAUGUGGUGCCUGUAGAGGUGGUGAAUGUCUCCACACUGGUGGACGUCAUGUGGCAGGAUAGCACCAUAGAGCAUGGCAUUCCAGCAAAUGAACUGGCUCCUAUCCAACACUGCGAUGAGCAUGAGUUCUGUCCUGGGGACUUCAUCGUUGACAAAAGAGUGUCCCCUAAGAAGGAUGUGUAUGGGUUUGUGCGGACUGUGGACCACAAGGCCAGGACAUGUCAGAUCCAGUGGCAGGAGGCAGCCCCAGGACAUCCACAGGGUUUCCUGACCCAUGAAGAAGAAGAAGUGAGUGCAUAUGAUUUAGGAGACCAUCCAGACUACACCUACAGGAUCGGGGACCUGGUAGUCCGGAUCGCAGACUCCACACAGGCCGCCUGUAGGACGCCCACCUCAGAGAAGCCGUGUAUCGGACAGGUCCUGAGGACCAAUGGUGACGGGAGUCUGGCUGUGGUGUGGAUCGACAACUCUGUGUCCAGUGUUCCUCCACAGGACUUGUACAGGGUCGACUCAGAGGAUGAAGGAGGCUGGAGUGGAGAUGACAGUGAGUGGGAAUCUGUAGACUCUGAUGAAGACUGGGAAACAGACAGUGAUCCUGCCAGUGGGGAUGAGGUGGAUGGAAAAGUAAAGUCUGCAGAAAAGCCAAAAGAAAAGAAGAAAGACAGGAAAGAAUCAACAACAUCAUCCUCAGCAACCAAGCCCAGCCAGGAGCAGAGAGGUGCCGCUAGGAACCAGGAACCUGCAGAGGAAGUCAUCUCACCAGAACAGGAAGUGAUGUCACCAGGACAGGAAGUGAUGUCACCAGGACAGGAAGUGAUGUCACCGUGCAGCCAAGUUCAAGAGGCCAAGUGGGUUAGUGCCAAGGGGGAAGGUUUUUCUGUGUCAGAAACAUGCCCAGCCUGUCACAGGUUCAAAGAUCUGGACUUUGGACCAGCCAACAUGAAAAACUUCUUCUCUAACAUCAAGAAAGAGUUGACUCUUCUCAGUACAUCCUUACCUGAAGGCAUCCUAGUGAAAACCUUUGAGGACAGAAUGGAUUUGUUCUCGGUUGCCAUCAAGGGUCCCCACAACACCCCCUACGAGGAUGGACUGUUCCUGUUUGACUUGAAGCUGCCGGACGCGUACCCCCUCAUCCCACCCCUGCUGCACUACCUGGCCUAUCACAGCGGCCGACUCAACCCUAACCUGUACGAGGACGGGAAAGUCUGCGUCAGUCUGCUGGGCACAUGGCAGGGCAAGGGUACAGAGAAAUGGACCAAAGAUUCCAACCUUCUGCAAGUGUUGGUGUCUAUUCAAGGUUUAAUCCUGGUGAGUGAGCCGUACUACAACGAGGCAGGGUUUGAGAAGGACAAGGGUUCCCAGGAGGGGCUGGAGAACAGCAGGUGUUAUAAUGAGAUGGCACUACUGAAGAUGGUACAGACCAUGAGUAAGAUGGCUCUCAACCCACCAGACAUCUUCCAGGACGAGAUUGUAGAACACUACAGACAGCAUGGACACAGGAUGAUCCGGAGACUAGAAAGCUGGCUGGAGAUGUCAGAGAGUUACAGUCCGAACGGAACAGAGACCAAAACCAACAGUGAUGCUGCCGCCUGUUCAACCAACAGUGAAACAACCAGUUCUCAACACCAACUAGCUGCUGCUGCUUCUAAUCAUCCUCUUGUGGGACAAUCUUCAACCAACAGUGUUACACCCAGUGACGGAAUAGACCAACCCAAGACUACAAUGUUGCCAAAGACUGACCAGUCAGUACUGUCUGAAAACCAGCCGCUGACUAACAGAGACCAGCCAAGAACCAGUUCAGAACAAGCUGUCGUAACCAGUAUUAUCCAACAGCCAACUUGUAAAAAGCACACGUCAACAACCACUUCAAACCAGUCGGAUCAGGCUGAAACUGGUGACAGCCAGUUAGGAAUCAACGUCAAGAAUUCGAAAGAGACAGACUCACACCAGUCUUCUGUUGAUGCAAGCAAAGUGUUACCUACAACAGUUAGUAUGUCUGCGUCUGAGGUACAUGUAUCUGAUAGUAGUAGCUCUUCAGAGGUAGACAGAGUGGUGUUACCACCCAGCCCUCCAGGUUUCCCACUGUUUCCCCUGUCUAAAGGCUUCCGUAUGAGUCUCAGGUCCCAUCUAUUGGCCUAUAGGUCUGUUUUACACAAGCUGGGCAUCUACUCGUAAUGUAAUCUUGAAAGUUCAUCUGCAUUGGUAGAAGUCAUGAUGAACGAUACUGAACUGUAAUUGCCAA